AUGGCAUCGCUUGUCGACGUCCACACCCACGUCUACCUUCCGCGUUACGCCUCCUGGCUGAGAUCUCGCUCAAUCGCCCCCCGGAUCUUGGUCAAUGAAGCAGGCGAAGAACGCUUACUUAUACUGGAAAAUGAAACCAGCGCCGGUCGCCCUGUUGGGCCCAGUUACUGGGAUAGAAAUGCAAAGCUCAGUUUCAUGGAUCAACACGGGAUUGAUAUCUCUGUCGUCAGCUUCGCCAAUCCUUGGCUCGACUUCCUUUCGCCGCUUGAUGCUAAAUCUUUGGCGCAUGACUUGAACACGGACCUCGAAGAAUAUUGCGCCACUAGUCCGACUCUCUCUUUCUCAUCCAUAAAACGCAUUUAUGGUCUAGGGCUUCUUCCCUUAGUUCCAGGAAUAUCAAUAUCUUCAGUUUUGGAAGCCGUUUCGCAAAUCGCAAAGGCCCCUCACCUCAAAGGUCUCAUCAUGGGAACAAAAGGUUUGGGCAAAGGACUAGACGACGAUACUCUGGAUCCUGUGUGGCAAGCAAUCGAAGACAAUGGUUUGGUCGUAUUCCUUCACCCACAUUAUGGCGUGGACUCGUCAGCUUGGGGUGAGAAAGAGAACGGACAUGUACUUCCGCUCGCGCUAGGUUUUCCUUUCGAGACCACUACCGCAAUUACCCGAUUCAUACUGUCUGGGGCCUUCGAUCGUUUCCCGUCUAUCAAAAUACUUCUCGCUCAUUCUGGAGGGACUCUGCCUCAGCUUUCCUCUCGUCUUGCUUCUUGUAUCGAUCAUGACCCUAUCGUUGCUUCUCGCCUCAAGCAUGAUGCUCGUUUUUAUUUAGGGAAAUUAUGGUUCGAUGCAGUAGCCUAUGGACCCGAGGAGCUUGCCUUUGUUUCAGAGAUUAUAUCUAGAGCGGGACGCUAUGAAUCCGGAACCAGUAAUACAAAGGCCAUAGCAGAUAGGAAGGAAGGCAGCAAAAGAAUGCUCUUUGGCACUGGUAUGCCUGCAGUCACUGGUUUGUUUAACAGACGACUAACCCUUCGUUCGGAAGAUCACCCCUUUUUCCCUCCGCUUUCCUCGAGUGAGAAGUGGAAGAGUGUUGUGGAAAAUUUGGAGGCCAUCGAGUCUGUUUCUGGUUGGGGGGAAGUUGAAAAAGAAGGUGUCAGCGCAGGGAACGCCCUCGGAUUCUUCAGUAUCCAGUGA